UGGUGGGCUCGAUUCAAGGGAAAACAAGGGAGUCAAGGCCACAACAAGCAACGAGGCGGCCAAUUAUUUUGGGCACCCGGCUCCCAGGCCAAAGGGACGCUUGUCCUUCCAUUACUAUUAGUUACACCACCAUGCCUACGAAGGUCGUCGAGACCGAAUAUCCCCUCAUCGACUCGGACCCUCAUGCAUCGCGGGUCAUGAGAUAUAUGCGGCCCUCAGAUUACGCGGCCUGGGGCGCUGCAACAGCUGGCUUUCCGGCGGCUCUAUAUUUCUGGGGAAUGGCAGACCCGUCAAGACUGAAGAUCAGGACGCCUCUCAAACUCGCGACGUUCUUGGGCUUCUCUGCUGGUUUCUUGAUUGCUUACCAGAGAUCAAGCUGCCGUUUCUGGGGAUGGACGGAGAAUCAGAGGGAGCAGGAACGAGAUCUCGCAGAACUUAGCCAACACGCCGCUGAAGGCAAGCCCAUCUACGGGCAUUCAAAUCAACCGGAGUGGGUUCAGCAAGCUGCCAACAGGAAUUCUCAGUGGUCACAGUUGAAAUUCUGCUUGUUCCCAAUGGUUAACCUUGUCCAACACCAACACCAUGGGGUUGACACUUCCAAGUACACCGUGAAGAAGGAGCAAGAAAGCUCUUAGA